CGCCCCCCCCCCCCACCACACACAAACACCCUCUCCCCAUCCUUAAAAAGUUCCCCUUUUCACCUGCAUCCAACACUGUCACCCCAGAAAGCUUUUAACUGCUAACUUUUUCAAACGAAGAAGCCCACUACAGCUAUAGUUUCGGGAAUUUCUUUUAUUCGUGGAAACCAAAGGGAAAAAAAAUCGUGCGCGCUCAUGAGAGGUUUGAACACCUUAAUUGCGUGUUGAAAUCAAUGCUGAUUAAGGACGAGGAGGAGGAAAUUUUUGGGAUUAAAGUUUCAACACUUCUACUCAAUGACGACCUUUUGGUUUCCUAUGUUAUUCUUUUACUUGAUUUUAGUAUCUGAUAGUGUUGAUCGCUGCUAAGAUGGAUUAAAUGAGUGGAUAAAUUAAGGCAAUGCAAUCUAGUAGUACUAAUCACCGAGAUAUCCUAGGCUUAUGGACAAUGGUUUUUCCUUAUUGAUAGUCUAAUUUACCUGAUUGACGGAAGAAGGAGAAAAAGGAAUGAAAACCCAUUUUUUGUAAUUUAACACUUCAUUCAAUACCCAGGAGUUUGUAAACAUAAAAGUUGGAGAGCAUUUCCACAUUAAUUACAACAUGACAUUCAUUUUCUUUAUACUAAGUGCAAUUUGGAAAUUUUCUGGUUUUUCAAUAUACAUACAUACAUACAUAUAUAUAUAUACACACACACACACAUUGUCAUUAUUUUUAUUUUGCUUUAAGAAUUACGCCCAACAGAUUUAAUUGUCAUCAUUCUUUUCUUAAGUUUGAAUGUAUAGGUCAUGUUUCCACAACUUUGACUAACGGGCUUGAUUUUGUAACCUUGGAGCAAGAAAUUCAAUAAAAUCUGAUCUAGUCAGAUCAUUCUGGAUGAUGACUUGAUUUUACAUUCUUCUGGGUAAAGGAGCUUCUGAGAUAUGGUGAAGGACUUCAUUCCCUUGUCGUGGCAAGAGGUAUGAUUCCAAUAAUGCAGAAGAACUGAUGUAUUUUUAUGCAUGUGAGAGUAGGCACAUCAAAGUUGGCUUCUGCAGCUAUAUGAGCAGUACAAGGGAUGUGAAUCCUUUAUCAGCUCUGUUUAAGCAUCUUGAAGAGGGAUGAGAAUACUGUAGGUGCAACCAUGGAGCCAUGUUAGGCACUGCUCCUGCUCAGCAUCUUUUGCACUAUGGCCCCAAGACCCCUCCGCCUCAGCUCUAGACGCCCUUCUAGAAAUAUACAUAUCAUUAUAAUACUCUUGAUACUUGUUCCUGUCAGCAUUAUUGGAAUAUUUAACCAUGGCCAGAAGAUCUCCUAUUUUUUCCGCCCACUUUGGGACCGACCUCCAGAACAGUUCGAACGCCUACCUCAUUAUUAUGCAGAGAACAUUUCCAUGGGCCAACUCUGUCGUCUUCAUGGCUGGACCUUGCGCUUAGAGCCGCGCCGAGUAUUUGAUGGCAUUAUAUUCAGCAAUGAGCUGGACAUUCUUGAAAUUAGGUGGCAUGAACUCCUUCCUUAUGUUACUAAAUUUGUAAUUUUGGAAGCCAACACCACCUUCACUGGCGUCCCGAAACCUGUCUUUUUUGCUUCAAAUCGGGAUCGAUUUGCAUUUGCAGAGGAAAAGGUUGUCCAUGACGUAUUUCCUGGUCGCAUUCUUCGGCGUGGUUCACAUGAAAACCCAUUUAAUCUUGAAGCAGAGCAGCGUGGGGCUAUGAAUCGAUUACUUCAAGGGGCAGGUAUUUCGGAGGGCGACCUCCUCAUCAUGUCGGACACUGAUGAAAUACCAACUCCUCACACUGUGAAACUACUGCAGUGGUGUGAUGGGGUACCUCCUGUCUUACAUCUGGAGCUGAAGCACUAUCUGUAUUCCUUCGAAUUCCCGGUUGACUAUAGUAGUUGGCGUGCUACAGUGCACAUUUACAACCCCUGGACCCGGUAUCGACAUUCGCGACAAUCCAAUUUUAUUCUGUCCGAUGCAGGAUGGCACUGUAGCUUUUGCUUCCGGUAUCUGCGAGAGUUUGUGUUCAAAAUGACUGCCUAUAGUCAUGCAGACCGAGUUAGGCACAGAAGUUUUUUGAAGUACUCCAGGAUUCAGAAGCUCAUCUGUCAAGGAGAUGAUCUUUUUGACAUGUUACCUGAAGAGUAUACUUUUAAGGAAAUUAUCAAGAAAAUGGGUUCAGUAGCUCGUUCAGCAUCUGCAGUACAUCUUCCUGCUUACUUGGUGGAGAAUGCAGAAAAGUUCAAAUUCCUUCUCCCUGGAGGUUGUACUCGCUCAACAGGAUGAACAUCCUUCUCAAGGGGGAAAGAAACAAGGGUUGUUUAAACCCCAUAUCGUUUUUGUAACAGGUAGAAGUGAUUCACUUAGGUAGGUUGGCUACUUUCCGGGCAUCCAUAUUAAGCUACUCGAGUUUCUGAAGACUUUUAACUGAGUAGCAUUAGACAACGUAUUCUAUUUCUAUAUCGUUGCUCCUCCAUCUUUUUCUUUUUCCA